AUGACUUUUAAACUCUCCUUUUUAAGUGUGGCCCCUGUAAUGCUGUGUUAUGUUUUGACAUUUUGUUGUUCUGUGUUUCAGCUCUUGUAUGAGGAGUGGGCGAGUUACAGUGUAUUUUACAAAUACCAGCCUAUCGGGCUAGUAAGGAAGUACUUUGGGGAGAAGAUAGGACUGUACUUUGCGUGGCUGGGGCUGUACACCCAAAUGCUGAUCCCUGCUUCUAUAGUGGGAGUCAUCGUGUUCCUGUACGGCUGUGCCACCGUAGACGACAACAUUCCCAGCAUGGAGAUCUGCCACCCCAAGAACAACAUCACCAUGUGCCCGCUGUGUGACAGAGCCUGUAGUUACUGGAAACUGAAGGAAGCCUGCGGGACGGCCCGGGCCAGCCACCUCUUUGACAACCCUGCCACCGUCUUCUUCUCCAUCUUCAUGGCCCUCUGGGCUGCCAUGUUCAUGGAGCACUGGAAGAGAAGACAGAUGCGGCUCAACUAUGAAUGGGAUCUGACAGGCUUCGAGGAGGAGGAGGAAGAGCUGAAGGACCACCCACGAGCUGAGUACGAGCUCCGAGUCAUGCAGAAGUCCCUGAAGAAAGAACACAAGACACAGAAGAACCCUACAGAGAUAGCAGAAGAAACCACAAACAAAUGGAAGCAAACAGUUCAAUCUGCCAUGGCUGGGCUAAAACUGACAGAAAAAGAAAAGCUGACGUGCAAAGACCGGUUACCAGCGUACAUGACCAACGUAGUCAUGAUGCUUUUGAUGAUCGGGGUAACGUUUGCCAUAGUGUUCGGAGUCAUCCUUUACCGGAUAUCCACCAAGACAGCGCUGCACAUGAGCAACAACCCCACCACGCGGUCCAACGUCCGUCUGACGGUCAAAACUACCGCUGCCAUCCUCAACCUGGUGGUCAUUCUGAUCCUAGACGAGGUGUACGGAGCUGUCGCCCGCUGGCUCACUGUCCUCGAGGUUCCAAAGACAGACAAGAGCUUUGAGGAGAGAUUGAUAUUCAAAACGUUCAUCCUGAAGUUUGUGAAUGCCUUUACCCCCAUUAUAUACAUAGCAUUUUUCAGAGGCAGGCUUGUUGGUCGACCUGGAAGUUAUCUUUAUGUGUUUGAGUCGUAUCGAAUGGAAGAGUGUGCUCAUGGAGGAUGUCUGAUGGAGUUGUGUAUUCAGCUCAGUAUCACCAUGUUGGGAAAGCAACUCAUCCAGAACAAUUUAUUUGAGAUUGGCAUUCCGAAGCUGAAGAAGCUGAUAAGGUACAUCAAGUCCAAGAGAAGGUCCUUCCAGGAAGAGGAGAGAGAGAAGAAGUUACAGCGCUAUGAGACGGACCACUUCCUAGAGCCCUUCGCAGGCCUCACGCCAGAGUACAUGGAGAUGAUAAUCCAGUUUGGGUUUGUGACCCUGUUCGUGGCAUCGUUCCCGCUGGCCCCACUUUUCGCACUCCUUAACAACAUCAUCGAGAUACGCCUGGAUGCCAAGAAGUUUGUGGCCGAGCUCAGGAGGCCGGUCGCUGCAAGGGCAAAAGACAUUGGAAUAUGGUACAACCUUCUCCGAGCUGUGGCUAAAGUGGCCGUCAUCAUAAAUGCGUUUGUGAUCUCCUUCACGUCAGACUUCAUCCCGAGGCUGGUCUACCAGUACAUGUACAGCUCAGACGGCUCCAUGCACGGCUUCGUCAACCACACCCUGUCCUACUUCAACGUGAGCAACUUCCAGGACGGUAAAGAACCUAUGGACCCACAGCAUCAGGUGGAGAUGUGUAGGUAUAAAGACUACAGGGAGCCCCCAUGGUCCAACACACCCUACGUCAUCUCUAAAGAGUUCUGGGCGGUCCUGGCUGCCAGACUGGCCUUCGUCAUAGUCUUCCAGAAUGUGGUGAUGCUGAUGAGUGACAUCGUGGACUGGCUGAUCCCAGACAUCCCUAAAGACAUCAGCCUUCAGAUCCACAAGGAGAAGAUCCUGAUGGUGGAGCUGUUCAUGAAGGAGGAACAGGGCAAGAUGCAGUUCAUAGACAGCAUGAUACCUUGUGGUGGCAAGGAGAAGCGCAACAACCAUGCCCCUAUAGCCCGCUCGCGCUCCAUCCCACACACACACAGUCACACACACGCCAACAACUUCUAGCAGCUACUGUAAGGUGUAGCUUAACUAGCCAGGCAAAGGGUUACUACUGUCUGUAUCCUUAUCCUUGUCCAGACAUUCCAUAGAAAGGGAGAGGUGCUCCCUACAAGAUGUUGUUGAGGCCCAACGAGGAGAAACAGAAACUGUCCCAGUGCUCAAUGCCUAUCUGUCAAGCCUCUCAGUGAAUAACUAGCUAACUAGCUAACUGCCAACAAGUUAACUAACUGCCAACUAGUGGGGUCAUGGGCUUUGAGGUCGCAAAUAUGCCAUUUAGCUAACGCUUUUAUCCAAAGCGACUUACAGUAGUGCAAAUUAUAGCGGACCAUGUUCAAUGAGAGAGAAAAGUAUAUAUAUAUUUUURCCCUUUUGCAUAAUGCUGUCAAGAAAAUGUAUUUUGUAACAUGCUUUACAGUACUGUAUGUCUGGCAUACAAGGUAUUUGUAUGUUUGCCUCUUGUUAAAAGGAUGUAGAUGAUACGUUAUCCUUUACUGUUAUGUCUCAACCAUGUUUAUGGUGCAAACAAUCACUCUCGGAAUACGCUACAUGUUUUAUUCAAUUACAACAGAUUUUCUUUCUUUCUUAAUGUGCUUUGUUCUCAAAAUUUAUAUUUUUUAUUUACAUAUUUUAUUGAUUCGAUUUUCAUCGAUUAAACAUUUAAAAAGUAAUUGGAUAAUAUGAAAUGUAUUGUGUGUAGAGCAAAUAAUAUAAUCUUAUUCUUAAAUGGGUGACAUGUUUUUUACGUCUUUGAUACAAAAAUCUCAAAUGGUAUUAGCUACCAAGCUCAUUAUUAGUUAACAAGCUCACAGUUGAGGGCUGUUUGUGGGCUCCCAUGCUACCAUAGAGUUAAAGCAGUUAUUACAUGGACUGUAUUAUAGCAUAAGAGUCAAAAGGCACUGUUUAACAGAUACUUCUAAACAUAGUAAAAUAGUUUGAAUGACUUUACUUCAGGACAUAAACUCAGCAGUGUUACAAAUAUCCCCUGUUAUAAAAUGCACAGUUCAGGCCAGUCUAUCCCUGCCAUAAUACAGACUGAUACUCUAUGGCUUCUGUGUUGCUUCAAAGCCAGCCAGGAUAUUAUUUUGGAACUUUUAAACUGUACUUAAAACUGUAUAUUGUUUACACGUACUUCUGUCUACUGGAUAUACUAAGAAAUAUAAUAUUUCUCGUUCUUUACUUGCCGUUCUUCAGAAGACAAGGACACUUUGAUCCUUUUAUAUGUCAAACUAAUGUAUUCAUACAAAAGUGAACAUCAUUUCAUAGCAGCAUAUUUUACUGUAUUGAUACCGACUAUGUUGUAAAUGUUAAGGAGAUCUGCCUAUUCUUUUUUUGAUGUGACGUUGAAUAAAUAAUGCAUUAAAUUGAAUGUAAACAAUAAAUAUAUGUUGCUGUGGG